GUUGUCAGGUGACUUUUAUUUUUGAUGAUGGUAGAGUGGAGUCGAGUGAAUUCGGUUCAACUUCCCUCCCCUCUACUUUUACGUGGAACGGCUGGAGUUUGUGGCUGAGAAGUUGGAAAGUCGAGGCGAGGGCAGGUUACAACAACCACCCCCCCCAGCGCCGCGGACUCGGAGUCACGGUCCACACGGGACACGACGCCGGUUCAAGCGACACGACCGCAGACACGACGACGGCGGGCGCCGCGAGUUCCGGCACGAGGCACCGAACUGCCUGCUGCUGCGCCGCGCUUUGUCCGCACCUGUAACUUGAGCUUCGCGCUGCGACGGCCGUGGCUGCAUACGCCCCGUCGUCGAGCAGCGCUCUGAUAACGCCAUGCUGGCUACCGUCACCACCGUGUCCGCUUUGGAGCUGGGCUUCAAUGGCAGCACUGCCCCUGCCGUACCGGACAACGCCUCCGUGAUGCCCACCUGGCCGCCGCGACCCGAGAAGAAUAUCACCAGGCCGCAUGUGUGUCUGCAGAUCCUCUAUGAGGACAUAAGCACCUCCAGAGUGCGAUUCUGGGAUUUAUUGCUGCUUGUGCCCAAUGUGGCUUUCUGCAUGUUCCUAAUGUGGAAGCUACCGUCAGCCCGAGCUAAGAUCCGCAGCACCCCGAGCCCCAUCUUCAUCACCUUUUAUAUACUGGUGUUUGUAGUAGCAGCUGUAGGAAUCACUCGUGCUGUGGUCUCUAUGACUGUCAGUGCCUCUAGUGCCGCCACUGUUAUUGACAAGGUGCUGUGGGAGAUCACUCGAUUCUUCCUGCUGGCCAUUGAACUCAGUGUCAUUAUAUUAGGAUUGGUGUUUGGCCACCUUGAGAGCAAGUCAAGUAUCAAGCGUGUUUUAGCAAUCACUACAGUGCUGUCUCUGGGAUACUCAGUCACACAGGGAACUCUAGAGAUUCUUUACCCGGAUGAGCACCUUUCAGCAGAAGACUUUAACAUCUAUGGUCAUGGAGGGCGCCACUUCUGGCUGGCAAGCUCCUGCUUCUUCUUCUUGACUUAUUCAUUAAUAGUUAUCCUUCCUAAGACACGUAUAAGAGAGAGGAUAUCUCUACCAUCCAGGAAGAGCUUUUAUAUAUAUGCUACAAUUUUGUCCCUGCUCAACCUGGUGCAGGGCAUUGGCAGUGCCUUGUUGUGUGCAGGAAUCAUCGAAGGACUCUGCUGUGUUGAUGUGACCACAUUCCUGUACUUCUCCGUGUUUGCGCCACUCAUCUAUGUCACAUUCCUGAAGGGCUUCUUUGGUUCAGAGCCCAAGAUCCUGUUCUCCUACAAGUCCCAGAUUGAUGAGCCGGAGGAAUCUGAUGUGCACUUGCCCCCUGCAUGUGGGGUCAGCAAUAAAGAGCUGCAGCAAGACUUCUAUUCCAGCACACAGAUCGACGGCUCUGCUGGAUUCCUGGACAGCAUGGCAUCUGGGCACUUCGCAGGGGGCAGCAUCAACAGUAUUGACAGCGACCGCUGGAGGGCCAUCAACUCUUAGAUAUAGCAAGAUGGGGGAUCUUUCAGAGCACUGAGAAUAAUGAACGUGUGUAAAUGGACAGGAUUUUUUUUUUUUUGGCUCAUCCAGGACCUCUCUGUUUCAAAUGGGACCUAAGGAGCAGUUCUCCACUACAGGCCCACAGUCACCAUAAAACAACAAGUAGUAUUAUUCUCUUGAACAUUUUAAGAAAGCCAUGCAGAAUUCAGUAUCUGAAUUAACCUUACCUGGUUUAGACAUAUGUAUGGAGUUCCUGUUUGCCAUGAAGUUGGCUUCAUUAUGUAAUUGGACAACCUGGUAUGAAUCCUAUAGAAUUUCUUGUGCUUUCUUUACCUUUUUAAAUGAGUGAUUUAAAAAAAUAGGCAGAGUUUAACUGCUUUUUAACGUUUUAACAAUGUGAGCCUUCCUUUUUUUCUAACACCUUUCUUGUCCUUUCACAAAGCAACUGUGUGACUCAUAUUGGGUUUGCCUUAGCCUUGUGCAGAUCUUGCUCCAGAGCUUUAUUGGUGUUUCCUGCACUUUAAACUUUAUUUUAAGGGAUGUUCUUGUGUGUGAUGUGUUACCUAUGUACCUGUUUGUUUUAAGUCAUUCAGGUUUUUUUUUUUUUAUAGAUCAUUUGUUAUUUUUCCAGAGAUGUCUAUGCAAGCAGGAAGGCAGUUUUGGAGAAAGAAUCAAUGGAACAACCGUGCUUACACAAUAACCACAAAAGUGCAAGAAAUUAAGCAAAAGACUACUUUCUACAUAAAAAAACCUAUAAGCGAGAACUUAAACAUAUUUCUGUAGUUUCUGUUUGAAAUUAAAAUAAAAUGAUGAUAAAUUAAAAUAUUUUCCUACUUGGGGCUGUUUUUAUGUAGAUG